UUGCCGUACAGCCUCAUUAUCGCGCACGCUGCGGUCUGACUGAGCACAUUCAGUCAUCAACGAUCGCUAGAUAUAUUUGUCAAUAACCGGAGAGGAAGAAACGAGAGAUUAAAUCAAGAUGCCGACGAGAUCAAUUAGUUGCAGCAGGUCCUUGAAACCAAAAUCUACCAUCUUUGUACUCAUCAGUGCUUGUUCUAUAACUUGUCUUGCCCUUUGGCUAUUUUUGGAUUAUGGCAGCUCAACAGGUCCUUCCUCAUUUACCACGAAACCGAUAUGUCCAGACUCUGAUAUACCAGAACUUGUUGGACAGAGAAAACCAAAUUUGAACGAAACAACAACAGCCCACGCAGAGGAACACAUUUUCGGACCCUCUGCGGGAAAAGUUCGGACCGCUGUAAAACGAGCCAAUGAGAUUCUUCUUAAGAAACUCGUCGAUCCCAAGACUGGAAACAUUAAUCACGUUGAUUGGCUCUUCGAUCAAGUCCUUGACCCGGAGGCAAUGCAUAUAAGCAAUUAUUGGUAUCUUCCGGGUGGACAUUGGAAACCAAUGAAUUGUUUACCGAAAUGGAAGGUUGCUAUUUUGAUACCAUUUCGAGAUCGCUUCGUUCAUCUUCCAAUUUUUCUGCAAAACCUGAUACCGAUGCUUCAGAAGCAGCUACUCGAAUUCAGCUUCUUUGUUGUUGAGCAGGCUAAUCAGGAACUCUUCAACCGCGCGAUGCUCAUGAACGUCGGGUUCCUCGAAUCACUUAACUUUACCGACUACGAUUGCUUCAUCAUCCAUGACGUCGACCAUGUACCCAUCGAUGACCAUAAUUAUUACGGCUGUUCCAGAAUGCCCAGACAUUUCAUUUCCGGGGAUGAUUACCGGAAUUACAAAUUACCGUAUGCUGAUUCCUUUGGAGGCGUCACUGGUUUUACUAAAGCUAACAUCCGAAGCAUCAACGGCUUUCCUAACGUUUACUGGGGGUGGGGUUGUGAGGAUGAUGAAAUAUUGCUAAGGGUCAAGGACGCUCGCCUCAAAAUCACCCGCGAUAAAGGACCAAUCGGGUAUUAUAACGUCAUUAUGCAUCAUCACGAAGGCGCACCAAAGGGAAAGGACAGGAGAGCUCUUUUGGGCACAUUCAAACGUCGAAUCGGAAUGGAUGGAUUGUCGAACAUCGUUUAUCCGACCCCCGUGUACGACCUCCAUACUCUCUACACCAACGUCAGCGUCGACAUCAAGAAGAUCAAACCACAUUAUUGAAUUGAAUUGAAUUGAAUUGAACUUUAUUUCAUUCAUCAUAAAAACAUCAUAACAAACAUAUAAAAUACAAAACAUAGCGUACAUAUUAAAGAGAAACAUUUACAAUACAAAUACAACAACAAAAAUAUAUAUGAAUAUGGAGACAGCUAGAAAAGCCAAAGGCUUUAUUGGUCCUGCCACCAAUCCGAUUACCGACAAAAUUAAGUGUCCAAUAUUUACAAAUUCAACCCUAUAAACCCGGGGAC